AUGGCCUCGAUGAUCCCGCCCCACGACUCCCUGGUCAAGUACCACAGCCCCGUCGUCGUCACGACGGCCCGCGCGGCGCCGAAGAAGGGCAAGAAGGGCCCGGCGACGCCCGAGAAGGCCUCUACCCAAACGGAAGACAUUCUUAAUAGUAUCUUACCGCCGCGAGAGUGGACAGAAGACGGGACGCUCUGGGUCCAGUACGUGUCGUCGACGCCGGCGACGCGGUUGGACGUCGUCAACCUCCAGGAAUCAUUAGAUAGAAAAUUGCAGCAGCGCCAGGCCCGCGAGACGGGCAUCUGUCCCGUCCGCGAGGAGCUGUACGCGCAGUGCUUCGACGAAGUGAUCCGCCAGGUGACGAUCAACUGCGCCCGGCGGCUUACUCUUGCUGCGAGUGCGAGAUGAAGUGAGGAUGACGAUCGCGGCCUACCAGACGCUCUACGAGUCGUCCAUCGCCUUCGGCAUGCGCAAGGCGCUGACCGCGGAGCACACGAAAGCGGAACUCAACAAUAAGGUCCGGACCCUCGAGGCCGAGCGCGAGGAUUUGGAAGGACAGGUGAAGGAACUGCAAGAAAGAUGCGAGUCCAUCAAGGACCGGGAAGCCAAAAGGCGCGAGGAGGACGACGCGGCCCACGCCGAGGAGGUCGACAAGUUCAAGAAGAUCAACGAACAACUCAAGGCGAACCUCGAGGCGAUGCUCUCGGCGCCGCAGCGGUCCUGA